CGGUGGCGGGCGGGCGGUUCAAUGAUGGCGGAGGACAGCGAGUCGGCGGCCAGUCAACAGAGUCUGGAGCUGGACGAUCACGACACCUGCGGCAUCGACGGAGACAACGAGGAGGAAAAUGAACAAACGCACAGAAGUCCUGGAGGAGAUACUGGAGCCAGAAAGAAGAAAAAAAAACAGAAAAAGAAGAAAGAGAAGCCUAGUUCUGCUAGCACCAAGUCAGACUCUGCCUCAGAUUCACAGGAAAUCAAAGUUCAACAGCCUCCUUCAAAAAAUCCCACCGUUCCAAUGCAAAAACUACAGGACAUACAAAGAGCCAUGGAAUUGCUGACAGCAUGCCAAGGCCCUGGCAAGAGCCUGGAGGAGGCAAGCCAACACAGAUACCACUUCUGGGACACCCAACCGGUACCCAAACUUAAUGAAGUUGUGACAACUCAUGGUUCUAUUGAACCAGAUAAAGAGAAUAUCCGUCAAGAGCCAUAUUCUUUGCCUCAAGGCUUCAUGUGGGAUACUCUGGAUAUGGGCAGUUCUGAAGAGCUGAAAGAAUUGUAUACAUUGUUAAAUGAAAAUUAUGUGGAAGAUGAUGACAAUAUGUUUAGAUUUGAUUACUCUCCUCAGUUUUUACAGUGGGCUCUUCGUCCUCCAGGCUGGUUACCACAGUGGCACUGUGGAGUUCGUGUAUCUUCAAACAGAAAAUUAGUGGGGUUUAUUAGUGCCAUUCCUGCCAAUAUUCGUAUUUAUGAAAUCGAGAAGAAGAUGGUAGAAAUCAAUUUUCUUUGUGUGCACAAGAAACUGCGAUCGAAACGUGUUGCACCAGUUUUGAUCCGUGAAAUUACACGAAGGGUGAAUUUGGAAGGGAUCUUCCAGGCAGUGUACACAGCAGGAGUGGUUCUUCCGAAGCCUGUAGCUACGUGCAGGUAUUGGCAUCGAUCUCUGAACCCCAGAAAGCUGGUGGAAGUGAAGUUCUCUCAUCUCAGCAGAAACAUGACUUUACAGAGAACUAUGAAGCUCUACAGGUUACCAGAUACCCCCAAGACAACAGGUUUGAGGCCAAUGGAGCAAAAGGAUAUAAAAAGAGUACAAGAGCUGCUCUUUAAUUAUCUAAAGCAGUUUGAGCUUGCUCCAGUGAUGAGUGAAGAAGAAGUGGUCCACUGGUUAUUGCCCCGUGAAAACAUUAUUGACACUUAUGUGGUAGAGGGUCCUGAUGGUGAGCUGACAGACUUUGUGAGCUUCUACACUUUACCUUCUACGGUUAUGCAUCACCCCAUUCAUAAGAACCUUAAGGCUGCCUAUUCCUUUUAUAAUGUCCACACUGAAACCCCACUCAUUGAUCUUAUGAAUGAUGCACUAAUAAUUGCAAAAUCGAAAGGAUUUGAUGUCUUGAAUGCACUCGAUCUGAUGGAAAACAAAACAUUCCUAGAAAAAUUAAAAUUUGGUAUAGGUGAUGGCAACUUACAGUACUAUCUGUACAAUUGGAGGUGCCCAGAUAUGGAACCUGAAAAGGUUGGUCUCGUGCUACAGUAAAAUGGUCUACUACUGCUGUAGAAUCCUCUUCAUUGAAGCCCAGGGUCCAAUAUCAUGCCUUUGUUCAGUGACAAGAAUCUACCAGCUCAACACAGAAUUCUGUAAAAGGAGCUAGUAGUUCCAACCACAUUUUGUUUUCAUCAGAAUGGAGACGAUUGAUUCUUUGCUAGGAUUUGAUUUUAUUGUGCAGAAAAGUGUUCCAUAAUUCUGUGUUAUUUGUUGGGAAUUUAAAUCACUAUGAACUUUGUCUUCUAACUAUUUGCAACCUGAAUGAGAAUUCUCAUCAAUGCCUAAGAUGAUUUUGAAUGCACUUUUGUUAGUUUCAAGAGGCAAAUCUACAUUUAGACAUUCAUGAAGAAUGUUACUGCUACGUUAGGUAGUGAGGAACUGGAGGCUUUUUUUGCAGAAUGACAACUCAGUCUUUUGUACAAAUGAGGUACAGUAGUAAAUUGUGUGAAGAAGAAAAUUGUUACCGUUAUAUCUAGUGGGUGGUCUUGUACUGCCAGACAGAUUUCUAUUUAUUGACCAGUGUUUUUUUAAGUGUUCGCUAUGGGAACAUUGAAGGACCUAUGGUACAAACUAAUUUUUACCCAUUUGCGCCAUGUUUGUAACAGAAUGUGGGAAUUUUUGCAAUAAUGCUUUAGUGUAAAUUCCAGAAUUUCCGGCAAUGCAGAUAAAUUGGAAAAUGUCCCACUCUAUUCAUAUGCACCCGCAAUGUCAACAAUGCAAUCUGGCUGCUCAUAGGUAGUGUUCAUGGCUUAUUUGUGAAAGAGGCUACAUUCCCCACAUGUUUUUUAUGUAAGGCUGGGGCAAGGCUUUAUUUGUCACUUGUUAGUUUUUAAGCUUUUUUUAAAAGCCACCUGGUGUGGCCCAAUCAGUGGAGUCAGUGGUAAAAGUGCUUGCUUUACAAUUCAUAGAUCAGGGAUUGAAAUCCUGGAGCUGCUUGACAUUUGAGAUGUGAGCCUGGUUUGUGACUAAUUUUCAGGUCUUUGGGCAAGCCAUAACAGGAGUAGCUGAGUUGGUGAUGAUUAAAGAACACAGCUGAAGGCUACAUGUAGAGGCAACCACACAUAUACAUGUAGAUUUAAAAUAUUUUAAAAAUCAUGAUGGAUUAGCAUCUUUCUCCUGCCAAAUCUUUUUUCAUUCUCUACACAUGAAAAUUUGGGUAUUUCUUUUUUUCUCCAGAUACCUGGAUAUGGAGUCAGAUAUGUAUGUUUUUUUUUUCAGCAUAAACUGCACGUGAAUACCUGACAAAACUAAAUCAAAGGGAAAUAGUUUUUUUUAAAAAAGAGUGAAAACUGAAAGCUUUGUUCUAUGUUGUGUUUUGCACAAAUUAUGUUAAAAGGAAGGAUUUGGGCCUUGUUUGUUAAAGCAUGUUUAGCUGUUCAGCAGCUUAAAACUUUGCCUGGUCAAGUGGCGGGUUAUGUACAGUUUACUAUUAUCGCUAUGCAUGCUUCACUGAAAAGGUCCCACACUAGAAAAUGUGCGAGAAAAAUUACCUAUUCAUAAAUCGGUCCGGGAAUGGUUUAAAUGUUGCCAGAGGAAGAAUAUACUUUUUGAUUUCAGUAAUGUUUUAAGGUCACCAGCAUGACUGUUUGAUGUCUGAAUUAAUAAAAGUCAUUACAACUUUG